GCAGAUGGAGGUGCUCCUGGUGGUGUGGAUUGGCAGUGAGGAGUGGUGGAACCGUGCCAGGCAGGCUGUGGACCACUAGACCUGUGGACUUGCUCACUGGGUGUUGUGCUUGAUUAUUGAAUCCAACUCGCAUAACUUGCCAUGGCGCAUCACGCCCUAGAACCAAGGUGGCCGCAUCCACACUUGCAGUCUUCAGUGCCAUGUCAGUGACUGAAACUCACAGGAUUCUUUGUGAUACACUGCACAGCUUUAAAUUGAAAUGAGUCACAACUUUAGGAAAAAGGUUCAUGAAACAUGUCGGUUUUGGAGGGAAGGCAAAUGUCAAAAGGGGGAUUACCAGUGCAAUUUUGUCCAUGGGUUCAUCUGUCCCAACGAUGGAAGGUGCUGGAAAGAGAACUGCAACAGGGUUCACUUCAGCCAAAAGAACAUGACCCCGAGAGAUCAUUAUGCCAAGCCUCACCAACAAAAUUACCAGAGGGGCGGGCAUCGUCCAAGAUACCGGAGGAGUCACAGUCGAAGUCAGAGCCCUCCAAGGCAUCGGAAAGUGUUCCAGCGCGGGCGCUCGCCUCAACAUCACAGAAGCAGAAGCCGCAGUCCAGCUUAUCAUACAAGAGUGUACAGCCCUUACCACCGCCGCAGCAGGAGCCCCAGUCCCUUCCGAGCUCCAAGCAGAAGUCUGAGUCCACCACGUUAUCGCUCUCGAAGCAGAAACAGAAGCAGGUCCUGGCACCGCAGCAAGAGUCGUAGUGUUUCUCGCCCCGUCAAUAGAGGUUGCAGCCCAGAGAGAAUAAAGUCCAGAAGUUCAAGUCCCAUCCGAUCCAAAAGCAAGAGCUGCAGUUCAGCCAAAGUGCACAAUAAAAAUCACAGCCAAUCUAGGUCACUUAGUAGAAGUCUUUCACCAAAGCCAAAGAAGAGAAGCAGCAGUAGUAGUAGUAGCAGCAGCAGCAGCAGCACUAGCAGAAGCAAAAGCAGAAGCAGAAGCAGGAGCAUUAGCAAAAGAAGAUCCAAAAGUAGAACAGAAUUGGUUCAUCCUAAAAGCAGCAGCCCACCCUCAGUUCAGGACAAAAGUCAUAAACCUGAAAGUAGUAAAAGUAUAGCUCCAGCAUCUGUAGUCACUGAAAGUGAGGGAGGACUGCCUAAUAAAAAUAGCAAUAAUGCAGGACAUAAGAUGCAAUUAGAUCUGGAAAAUAUAUAUGCAGAUUUAGAUUAUGAAGCAAAUCCAUUGUUGACUGCAUCAAAGAUGGUUGAAAAGGAUGCUGUAGAAAAAGAAGCCCUUUCUAAGUUACAAGCACAUAUAGCAAGAGACUUUAUGAAUCCUGAAACUCAAAAAAUAAUGGAACAGGUUUUAUCCUCAACCAGAGAAAAGGCAAUAAAACCAAAUCCAUUAGAUGAGAGCAAAUCUAAAAAGGAAUUCUUCCUGGAUGAGGUUGGAGAUGACAUAGAACUUGACCUGGAAGAAGUUGGGGAAGAAGUUGAUGACAUUUUUUCAAAGUCAAUAAAUCGUUCUAUGGAUGACACAAAUGAACGUAGUUUUGAUAAAGGUUUGAGUACCAGUAGAAAACUGGGACUGCAAGCCGGUAGUAAUCCAUCUCCACCAAAAUCCAAUCCAGUUGCAAAAUCAAAGAAGUCAACAGAUCAUUUUCUUGAUAUAGAUUUUCACAUGGAUUGGGAUCUAAAGGCCGCCUUGGAAACUGCCUCCAAGUCUUUGAAGAAACCAUCAGAGAUGCCUCCACCAAACCAUUUACCAGAUGGGAGCAAAAUGGGCAGCACCUCCUUGUGGACUCCAGCUCUUGCUCGUCACCAGACACAAGUCCCAAAAAACAGAGUUGGCUACCAAACAAAAGACAAUGACUGGGAAGUAGAAACACCUUAUGUCGGAAGGAAGGACAAGAGCGAAGUCCAGAGAUCUGCUGCUCCAGCAAGGACUGCCAUAAAUGCUGGACUACCUUGUGAUGUGUCUCCCAGCAUACCUUUUGCUCUACCUUUGUCAGAACCUCAGAGCAUACACAGAAAUUCACAUAAAGUAGCAGAAAUUUCCCUGGAAAGUAAAGAGGGAAGAAUGAUUCAGCAAACAGAUGUGCUUUUCCCAAGUGCACAGUCUAUUCCCUCUAGUAUUCCAUCAGUAGUCCAGUCUAUUCCCUCAAGCAUUCCAUCAAUAAUCUCACACACCAUCAAUCAGCCAUCCAAGCCAAAUGUAUCAUCUGCAGAUCAAGGUGCACUGGAUACAACCAUGCUGCCAUCUUGCACAACCAACCUCAUCAGGGAUGCAGUUAGUGAGAAGGAACUGUACCAUUCCCCAAAAGAAGGAGCAACUGCUCCUAAAAAAGUUUCACAGGAACAGACUCCACAAAAGUCAUCUGAAAGUCCGAAAAGAUCAAAACGCAAGCGUCGCAAAGAAAAGAAGACAAAACGAAAGAAAGACUCUUCUGAGGAUGAAGAUGAUUCCAGUGACUCUGAUGAUAGCAAAGAAGAUAAGAAGUUGUCUCAUGAAAAUGAAAAAGACAGUGAUGAAGUUGAAAUGCUUUUUUUCAAAAAAGAGAGCCUCAUGAAACGAGUGAAACUGUUGGUUGAACAGAAGAAAAUUAUGAGCAAUCAACGUGAAGACAUAAUAAGCAAUCACAAAGGAAGUAAAGCAAGUCUUUCAAGUAUCUUAGAAGAAAAUUCUUUCCUCACACAAGAAAUAGGGAAGCAGAUUGAAAACAUAAAUAAAAUGAUAAAAAAUGUUAACCAAGACAUUGAAUCUAAAAGAGGAAACUUCAAGCAAAAGACUUCAUUAUCAAAGGAGAGAUCAGAGAGUCCUCAUGUGUCAGGAGAAACACACAAGAAACCUCAGUAUUCUUCUGAAAAAGAAAGGAUUUCCAAGAAAAUGAUCAAACCUACUGAAAGAUCUGAAGUCUACAGGGGUUCUCCAUAUCAAGAAAAGAGAUCAAAAUCUCCCUAUCGGAAAAACAGUAGGUCUCCGUCUCCAUCUCAUUUCAAACGUGGGUCAUCAGAGGUUGAGCACACGUCAAGGGAUAGGGACAGUAAUAACUCCCGGUCUCCUAAGUCUAUCAGGCACAAGAGGUCAAGAUCACCUAGUUGUAAUGUAUUCAGAGAAGCUCCAAAACCUGUACCUCCUCCUGAGGUGAAGCAAAAUGCCUCUCCUCCAAAGAAACGUGCCAUUAAGAGCAUGAUAGAAGUGGGUAAAAAGCCAGCUGGUGCAGUAUCUCAGUAUCAGACUCCCAAAAAUGUGGAUUCUUCAGUGCAGUAUGCCCCUCAUGAGGCCCAGAGGACAUAUAUUCGCUACACAGACCAGGGAAUGCAUUGGUGUAAGCUGUGCAGUUUGUUCUGUGAAACUGCUCCAGAAUAUGUAAAUCAUCUGAUGACAGAGUCACAUCUGGCAAGGGUUAAGAAUGAUCGGAGGUCAUGGCUGUCCAAGGCCCCGAGGGAAGAAAAGGAUCCAAAGCCACCCAAUGCCCAGGUGUUGACUGUUCCUAUACAAGGGCUUGAAUUCCUACACUCCCUCCCUUGUUAUUACUGCUCCCUCUGCGAUGCAUUCUUAAGAGACAGAGGUGAAGCCUUAAGGCAUCCUGAGUCCAAGAUGCAUGUCUCAAAAUACAAAGUUCAUCGAGCACAGAAUCCUUUGUUUGAAUCUACAUUCUUAAAGGCUAAAACAACAGCGUAUGCAAAGUACAAGAUAGAUGAAGAACGCAAGAAAAUGGAGAAUGAAUUAAGUUUAAAUGAGAAGAACACAUCAGUAGAAAAUAAGCUGCUCAAACAGAUCAAAGAAAAGCUUGAUAAGGAAAAUAAAGAGGACCGAACUUGUGACAGUCGAGAUGACCCUGUCAAAGCCUGCAGCAGCAUUAGAGUUGCCUCCCGUGGACCAAGAUAUUCCACUGACAAGAAGCCCUCCACCUCCCAUUCUUCUCCUAGUAAUACUAGCAGACAUUCAAGAGAAAAGGAGAGUUUUCCAGUGAGUAGUGAUAGUUCCAAGAAGACUGGUGGUGUUAAAGACUCAAAAGUUGAGACACAGAAAAGUGAACUUGUGGAUAGUGAACAUGAUGAAGAUAAUGGUGAAGUCAGUAUCAAAGUUAGUGACAAACCUGGUGUUGAGGACAAAGUGGAAACAAGACCGAAGGAAGAUGGAUCAAGAGACAGAGAUACUGACCGAAAGGCAGCUAGUACAAAACUUCCAUUAAUUGGGAAAAUGCCAUUCUUAAAGAGGAAAGCAGGGAUAUCAAAAAGCAAACCACAACAAAGUACUCCACCUGAAGAGGUACCAAAGUUGAAAAAAGACAUGAAAGAAGAUGUUUCAUCUGAAAAGUUGAAGAUACCAUUACCCAGCUGUACAGUAGAUGAUAAUGAGGUGAACACAGCAUUAGAGCAAACACAGUCAACUAUACCAAAGGAAGCAGAUGACAGAAAACUACCAGUAACUUCAAUGAAUAUUAAAGAAGAUUUUAUUCCACCAUAUGAUCCUAGUGUACCUCCUCCUCCAUUCACUGGUGCUAAAACAUGGAGUACAAGUGACAAAAAGGACACAAGUGGCUCAGCACUGUAUGAUCCUCUUGAGGCAGGGGAUGAAGACUCCUCAGAUGGUGCAGCAGCUGCAACUAUUGAAGCCUUAGAUCUCUUAAAUAUCCCUCUCCCUGGUUUCAAAACACCAACAGAGGUGUCUGCAGUGCCAUUACCUCCAGAAACAGAAGAUGUAUAUCAACCAGAAGAUAUGGAAAUAGAAAAUAUACCAUUGGAUGAAGGAAGUAUAGAAGGAGGAAUAGAGGAGGUUUAUCCACCUUCAGGAAUUAUUGUGCAUCCAGACAUACCAUUCCCACCUGCAGUUGGGAUUCUCACCACUCUAUUGAGCUCAGAAGAACCUCCCCCUCCAGGCACAGAAGGGACUGACUCUUCAUUAAAUUGUGAACUUGGUGGGAAUAUUAAUUCGGGAAAUAUCUUACCUGUGUUUGGACCUCAGGAGUUUAUUCCCAAGAAAACAACACCCUGUAAAAUUCAGAAGAACAAGGAUGCAAAUAUUCCUGUUCCACCUGGGACUGAAGACGAAUAUAAUGCUGAAGAUAUUGACUGCUUUUCACGUUUGUCAGGCCAUAGUAAAGAUAAAGUAGAAAGAAUAAGUAGGCAGAGACUUCACUCAGAAUCAGGUUCUCAAGGUAGUAGUAAAGGAGCUCCUCCUUCAUUUUCUGGUAAAAUAUUACAAAAUUCAUUAAUGAAACCUCUCACAGCACCAAAGAUUCAACAGAUGGACAAGCAGUUGCCAUGCCAUAAGGAAAGGGAGUUGACUCCUCCUCCACCUGGUACAGAAAGCUUAUCAGAUGAAAAGGACCAGUCCAUCAUGGAUACAUCUAACAUGGAUGCCAUCAAAGAUUUGGAAAUUACUAGAGCAGAAUCAGCAUUAAUGCCACCCAUCCUAAAAAUAAGCACAAGUAAAGAAAAAGUUUUGUCUUCUACCAAAAGUUAUUCCAGUUCUAUACUUAUAAAUACAAGUAGUUAUUCACUGAACUUACUUGGCAGUAAGGGUGAAGUUGAUCCUUUACAAGGUAAAACUUCAGAAAUUUUGCAAAAUAUUUGCAUAAAGGAUUCUUCUAAUAAAUUUUCCACAGUAGGUGGAAAAAGUAAAGAAUUGGAUCCCAAAUAUAGUGAUGAGGAAAGGUCUUGUACUCCUCUUUCUGAGCAGCCUGAUGCCAAAAAUAUAGCCAUAUCAUCAAAUGCUGGUUCUUUUUCUUGGACAGAUAAGGCUGCUCUCCCUUCUGAAGAAGGAAUUUUUGGUUCAGAAUUAUCUCCAUCGGUAAGUCUUAUGGACAACAGGGAGUCAGUUAAUUCAAAAACAGUUGUUUCAAGUAAUAUAGAUGACAACUCUUCCAACCACUGUUUGACCAUAAAUACACCUGAUGAAAACCAAGAUUCUAGCAGCAUUGAUAAAGAUAGAUCUUGUACACCCCUGCCUGAGAAGCAUGAUAAUGAAAGAGAAACAACAUCACCUGUCAAUAAAAGGCUUGUUGGUAACACUAUGUGUGAUACCCAAGACUCUGAUAAAGGCUCUGCUUUCAAAAAACUUCUGUGUGAUGAAGAAAUGAACUUAAAGAAAGCUACCAACAGUGUAUGUGAUAGCCAAGACUCUGACAAAGGCUCUGCUUUCAGAGAAUGUUUGUCUGAUGAGCAAUUAAGUUCAGAGGAAACUACUGAAGGUGUAUGUGAUAGCCAAGAGUCUGACAAAAGCUCUGCUUCUAAAGAAUGUUUGCCUGAUGAGCAAAUAAGUUUCAAGGAAAAUACUGACAAUGUAUGUGAUGGCCAAGAGUCUGAUAAAGACUCUACUUCCAAAGAAUGUUUGCCUGAUGAGCAAAUGUGUUUAAAAGAACUUGCCAAAGACAAUAAUGAGUGUUGUGUUGUUGUGGGUGAAGCAAGUUUCAUCCAUGGUAGUGAUAAUAGGUGUCAGACAUCUAGACAGGAUGACACUGCAGUUAUGGAUACUACAUCACCUGUUAAUACACCAUCAGCUAGCAACACUGAAUGUGAUAGCCAAGACUCUGAGAAAGGCUCUGUUUCCAAAGAAUGUUUGUUAGAAGAGCAAGACAGUAAUGUUUCCAGCAGUUUAAAGGAAACUCCAGAAGACAGUAAUGAAUGCAGUGCAAUUAUGAAUGAAAAAGAUCUGACUCUCAGUAUUGACAUAAAUGAAGAACCUAAAAGUCCUAUUAUUAAAUGUGGAAGUCCUUUACAGCUUGUAAAUUUUCCCAAAGGUUUUGAAAGCAUGGAUAUUGCUGACUUCUAUUCACCAUCAACAAGUGAUUCCACUUGUGCACAAAAUGUUGAUUCCUCUGAAACAACCAUACUGAAGACAGAGAAUUAUCCUUUUCCAGUUUCAGCUGAAAAUAUGAUGGAUGCACAAGAUCUGUCUGGGACACCACAAAGAAAAGCUAAUUUCACAAAGGAAGACACCACUGAAUUUUAUGUUGAGAAAGAUCAGAAGGAACCAAAAGCUGCUGAAGGACCUUCAUGUAGUCAAACUAUAGAGAUUCAUGAAAAAGAAUCGGACACUAAUAAGGAUUCAAAUGAACAUCAUGAUUUUCAUUCACAUGAAGGUCAUGAUUUUCUUGAGAGCAAAGAUGUUAAGGAUGAAGCCUUUCCAGUUGAGCAUCCCUCAGAAAGAAAAGUUGCUAGAAGUUUCAGAAGAAUAGCAGAAAUAGCAGAGUAUAAAGAACAAGAGACUUCUAGGGAGUCUGAGGAAAUUAGCCAUGACUCAGCAAUAUUGAUUGAUGAAGUUGAUUCAAAAACUUCAGAAGAAGAGUCUGCAAGUAAUUCUGGUAGUGUUAAGGAAGGAAAAAGAAAGCCUGUGAGAAAGGCAACCCGAAAGAGAACAACAAAAAUUAAAAAAACAGAGGAGGAUGAAUGCCCAUCACCAAGAACCAGUGCCAGCAGGAGUAGUGCUGGCUGCCUUAGUCCUAGUUUUGUGGAGUCACCACGACCCAUGCGUAGCAGCAGGAGGGCAGCUGCUGCAGCCAUUAAAGCAAUGGCAAAAGAUCAAGAUGACACUCCUCCUGAUUCCCCACCAUCAGAUGAUGAUGAUGAUUAGUCAGAAUGAAUGUCCUUGUGCAAGACUCCUUGGAAAAUUUUCCUUAAUUAUUCUGAUAAUUUCAUAUCACUCCAUCAUUAACUCACCCACAGAUUGUUUUAUUCUGUAUUGCCAGAUUGCAGCUUUAUAAGUUAGCAGCUGUGUGUUGAAAUGAGAUAUGUACUGUACUUUUGUGAUGUUACCUGAUUAUAAAAAGUUUGAAUUUAAAAAUAUUUUGCAUUGUAAAUAUCUUGUGUAUCAUAUUUGAUCAGAUAUAGCUAUACUUCUAUCCUAUUGUUUUGGAAUUUGUUUGAACAUGUUUCAAGAACAAUACUAUUUAACAAACAGAACACAAUUAACCUUUAUAACUGAAGUGGAGAACAGUACUUGUUAUGGAAAUCCAGAUUUUGGCAUAAAUUUUUGAUGGUAUAAUAUAUUAGAAUGAAUUGCUACAACAUACAGCACAUUUCAGAAAUACAUUAACAAUACAAUGUGUAGUGUUUACAUGACUGGUACAUCAAGAUGUGGGGUUCACAAGGGGCCAACAUAGAGGUUACUCAUGGAGCUCAAAUGUAGUCCCUGCUACUCAUGGGACUGCAAUUGUAUUGGUUCUACUGAAGCAGCAAGAUGGGAAUUUGUGACAAAAGUACCUGUGAAAAUUGAUAUCUUAUUAUGAGUGUAAGGAAAAAACUUAGGGAGUAAUGCAGUAAUGUAAUAUAUAUAUAUUAGAUAAAAUAAUAAUGUCAUUUUGUAAUGCCAGAAAUACUGUACUGUCAUAAAUUCUGUGCUUAAAUAAGAAUAGUAUUUGUUCAUGACAUGUUUUAUUUAAUGUAUUAAUAUAUAUUUUUAUUGUGUAA